AUGCCAACCAACCAGCACAGAGUGGCAGCUCCGAAGACGAUGCCUCCAUCGAGGAGUAGGACUUUCGUCCGGACAGCAGCACCUCGGCAAACCUGCAACCGCCCCGCCAAAGUGCUCAAAGAAUUGAACAUCGCCGCCGCCCUCAGGGAUGACUGCAUCGCGUCAACGACGCGCCGGAUCUGGAGAGGGCGGUCCGGCCACCCGCCGCCGGCAACCAGAAGAAUACCGGAGGCUCACCUGACCUCCAAGCAUCCGGCCGUGCAGCGCACGCGCGUCGUAGCCGCCCGCUGCCGCGCCCGCCAGACAUCCCUGCUCAUCCUCAACGCCCGCCACGAGGAGAACCUCCUGUUCCCCACCAGCAACCUCCGCCUGCAGGGUUUGGAGCAGAGCAGCAACCGCCGCCACCACCCCAGGCCCUCCGCCGCGAAGCCCUCCACGCAGCCGCCCAGCACGACGCCGCCGCCGCCCGUGCUCGCCACCACGCCGCCGCGCCCCCACGCCAGCCCGACGCCGCCGCUCGACGAGCGCCAGCCCGCGCCGUCCCCGCCGAGCGAGGGGAGAGGAAGCCCCGCCGCCGCCGACGCCGACCGGGCUUCGCCCGUCGGCGCACCCCGGCGGCGGCGAGGAGGGGGUGGAGGCGGAGGGCGCGGGCUCCCGGCGGCUAGGGUUCCCCCCCGGUCGCUCGCGGGAGCGACGCGGGAGGGGAUAAGGGAUUAA